AUGUCUACCGAUCCUGACAUUCAGUAUGGCCUCUUGGCAGCGGAUCUCGCCAGCCCUGGCCUACUUAUCGACCUGGUCAUGCGAGUGUCACUAGCCACUGUAGCUAUAAUCGCUAUCUGGGUGCCUUUUCGCCUGCUGUGGAGGAGCGGCGAGUUUGCCGCGGCUCUUCUCGCCGCCAAUAUCAUCAUCACGAAUCUCAUCACCAUCAUACAAGCCCUCAUCUGGCGCGACGAUGCAGCACUGGACGGUUACAGAGGCCAAGGAUGGUGUGAUAUGCAGGCCUACAUCAAUAUACCACUCAGCACCAUGUAUGCCACCUGCAUCUUUGCUGUGAUCCAGCAUGUCUCGGCUCAGGUCAGCCUCAGACGGGCUACGGGCCUGUCCCGCGCCGAGAAGAGGCGGAGGAACAUGAUGCAGGCGCUCAUCAUUUUCCCGGUGCCCAUCAUUCAGAUUGCCCUUAGUUACCCUGUCCACGCAUAUCGCUACAGCAUAACACCACUGCAGGGGUGCGAGGGUGGCUUUGGGGGAAAUCUACUCACCUUCUUCUUUUUCCUUCUACCAAUCCCAGUCUAUGUUAUUGGGGCUAGCAUAUAUGCCAUAAUCACCCAUUUCCAGUUCCGCAAAUUGUCAACAGGAAGCUCGGUCAUACAACAAAACAACAGUGGUGCAGCGGCCAGGAGCAACAGGGCCAAGCGUAAGCUCUACCUCAUGACCGUCUCCAUAGUGGCACCGUACCUCCCAAUCCAGAUUGCCUUUCUUGUCAUCAACCUCAAGAACACCGAGGGUUGGUCUCAGCUUUAUAGCUGGCAAGAUUUCCGGAACCAGCCUACUUUGAACGGCAUCAUGCGCAUCCCAAGCUGGCAGGCCAACUGGAUAUCCAUGCGGGUCUGCUAUGUCGCCAUCCUGUCGGCCAUCCCCAUCUUCAUCUUUUUCGGCACGACAAAGGAUGCGGUAAACACCUGGCGAGGAUACUGCCUAGCCGUGGGCCUGGGCAAGAUCUUCGCAAAGCUCAAGGAGGAGUACGACCCAGACCGUCCACGCGGCACGCAAAACAUCAACACGCUACAGUCCUGGGGGACUGGUUCUAUCGUGUCAUCAACGGACCGGAAGGCAUCCGUAGCAAAGGAUGGAUCACAAUCGCCUUCCGGCUCAGACCACUUUGAGGAUAUCCUACUUCCCAACAUUGACACCGUCGCGAUUACCCACGUGCAGCCCGCCCAACUUCAGGCUUACGAUGGUGGCAGUGGCAACAGCAUCAGCGACGAAGAAAGCCGCCAGGCACGUAGGGUGUUUUCGCUCAAGAAGAUGCCGAUCCCAAUCCCCCGCAUCGGCCACUGGUCCAGCCGGUCCAGGCAGCGAGCUUUGGAUGACGACACGGCACCACUGGACGGCUCUGCCACCAGUCGCAUAUCACCGUCUCCGAACAGGUCGCGGGAGACGGACUGUGACCGCCCAGAAGCCGCGGGGCGGUGGGAACCUAGCCCUUCCGGCUCGCUUGUCGAGACUAGAGUGUGGUCAGAUGACCUGGGGAGUGGGAAGGAUGUCAGCAGAGGACGCGGGAGAAGAGAGCCGUCACCGCAUGAGGUCUUGGUCAAGACACAUAUAGCUACAUGCUCUACGUCACAAACUCCCGCGUCGUGA